UGUUGGAGUGUUUUUAGAAAAGUUUGGAGACUCACCCGCACUUUUUUUGUUGGGAUCCAGGACUCAAACAGCGGAGAAAACAUGACGGUGUGUUACCUGUUGCUGAUGUAACUGGAGAGUUGUCAGUCUUCUCUGACUGACUGAACCUGACCAGACACACAGGCUGGCAGAUAUGGAGAGUGUUGCUCUGGAAAUGGACACAAGUACUGCUGCAGGGCGAGUUCCUAACAAUAUCACCAGCUGGCUGAGUGAAUGCAGGACUCCUCUCGGGGCGUCUCUAGAUGAUCAGACGGCUCCACCGAACAGAGGAGCGCUGAGGAACGGCUGCAGCUUUGAAGAUGACCUUUCACUGGGAGCUGAAGCCAACCAUCUUCAGUCCAGUAACAACAAUAAAACUGAUUCCUGUUUUGGUCUUGCGGCUGAACAGAAGAGGAGUCAGUAUAAAGAGAAGGGAAGAAGUAUGAACUCUACAGGAUCUGGGAAGAGCAGCAUCGUGUCCAGUGUGUCAGAGCUGCUGGACCUGUACGAGGAGGAUCCUGAAGAAGUCUUGUUGAAUCUUGGUUUUGGUCGUGAAGAACCCGACCUUGCCUCGAAGGUUCCCUCCAGGUUCUUCAACAGCUCCUCGUCAGCACGAGGCAUUGACAUCAAGGUGUACUUGGGAGCCCAGAUGCAGCGCAUGGAACUGGAGAACCCCAACUACGCUUUGACUAGUCGUUUCCGUCAGAUCGAGGUCUUAACCACAGUAGCUAACGAGUUCUUCCAGCUCUACAGUCAGGUCUCUGGUCAACCUGUCCAACGCAUCAACUCCAGGGACCAAGGAGGAGGAGUAGCAGGAGCAGCAGGAGGAGUAGGAGGAGAAGGAGGAGCAGGAGGAGGAAGUGAUAAGGCGCCUCCUCCUCUCAAGAGGAGCAACUCGGCCCUGAAUGUCGCCAAACUCCUCAAGAAGACCAUCAGCAAACACAACCUGCUCGCGGCCGCCUCAGAGUCGCCUGAAGCACAAACACCUAACCAACACACACGGCUGAACGGACACGCCCCCUCCGAUAACACGCACACCAACGGUCACGGACCCGCUGCUCCAGAGCAGGACUUUUCCAGGACCAAUCCUGACCAGCAGGUGGAGACAGUCAGUCAGAAACAACAAGAAAGUCCACAGAAACAGCCGUCUUCCCGCAAGAAAGACAGCUGUCCCCUGGCUACGGUUACCGAGGAAACUAACGGGGAUGCCGAGACAGAUUCGCUGACGGACAACAGACCUGAAGAGAGCGGCACCGGAUCACCAGCCAACGGAGACCAUCAACUAGGGUCCGCUGUUCUUCAGUCAGCCGAUCAAAGGACAGGGGAGGGCCCUCAGGUAGUCAAAGAGGAGAAGAGCCUGACCUCAACCCCGGUGAAAACUCCUCACAGCCUGGUGCCACCUCACCUGGUGCUGCUUCGCACUGAAAACGCAGACUCCUUCGAUAUGGAGGAGAUCCAGAGUAACGAAGAUGAGGGUCUUCCAUUCAGAACCUCCAGAGCCAGGGAUCUGUUGAGGACGGUCAGUCAGCAGUCGGACAGCAGUGGUUUUGCUGAGGAGCCCUCCUCAGCCGAAUCCAACAGCUACCUCAAGGUGCAGGAAAGUAGUGACAGCUGUGACAGCGAGAUGACGGUGACAUCGCACCCGUCCCAAGAUGUGGCCACGCCCCUCGCACUGGACCAACCUGCGUUCGAUUUGCCAGAUGCCAGAGAGGAGGAGUCAGCUCCUGGUGGUGCUGGGGAGGUUGAUGGGCAGAAUAGCUCCAGGGAAGAAGACGAGAAUGAUGGGAUUCCAGAGGAGGUUCCUCAGUAUACAGCUCACUAUUUCCCGAGGAACACAGUGGGAAUGCAGCCGGUUGAGACCCAAGGGGAGGAGGAGGAGGAGGAGAAGGAGGAGAAGGAGGAGAAGGAGGUAGCUCCGGCAGAGAGAGGGGCCGGAACUGAUCUAGAGCCUGAACCAGAACUGGAACCAGAGACUCCUCAAAGCUUGUCUGCUGCAGAACCAGAACCACAACUAAUGCAGAAUCAGCCUGAGACAGCCACAGACACAGAACCACCCAAAGAGAGGGUAGAAGCUGAAGACGAGGCCCAGGAAGAGAGCUCUUCCUUGGACCUUUCUGAUGGAUAUUUUCCUCCAUCCUCUCCGGUUGUCAAUGCUCUGCUCCGAGCCAAACACAACCAACUGAGAGGAGCUGGGCCACACGUCGACCUCAUGCCCAGUGAGCCGCCGCUAACUCCACUGAGUGGACGAGCAAGGCGUGGCUCUCCCAUGCAGAGGUCCUCCUCUCUGCCCUCCUCGCUCCUCUCCCCCUCCAGGGUUGUGUCCUCUGUCAGGAUCCAGUUUGGGCAAGGACAGGCGUCCUGCACCCAGCCCAGGUACUCCUUCAAAUACACCCCAGAGGAGGGAGAGGACAAAGAAUGGGAUGAGGAGGAGGUGGAAGGACAAACUAACUGUUUAUCUACUCUGAUAAUAAACCCUGCUUCGAACCAGCCACCAAGGCUUCCCACAGAUGCUUCCAUCCCACCGAAACCCAUCCCACGCUACAUGAUGAAGUCGACCUGCUCGCUGAAGAGCUCCAGCCCUCCUCCUGAUUGGUCACCAGGGGGCCAAACACACUCUUGGAGCUCCCAGAGCAUCCCUGAGCUCUCCUCUAACCAGCAUCCAUCAGGUCACUUCCAUCAAAACCAGCAAAGUUGGAAUCCAGGACAGAUGAUGUCCAAUUAUCCUGAUCCCACAGCUCAAUACAUAAACCCUUGUCCAAAUCCUAGUCCCAGUCUCAAUCAUAGCCCAGUCCCCUUCACUAUGAACCCUCCUCCACAGUACCCCUCUCCUCUCCAUCCAUACGCCAGUCUUCCCAACCUCCUCUACCACAACAAUCCAUCCUUAAACCCCCAUUCUAGUCUGACCAGUCUCCAUCAGCCUCCAACUCCCACAAUCCCCCCUUUUGGCAGUAUCUCCAAUUUGCAUCAGCCGUCUACUUCGAUAGAUCCUCAUUACGCCAGUCUGGGUAACCUGUAUCCCGGAACUCCCUUUAUGCACCACCAGGGCUGCAACCAUCCAUACGGCCAUCAGUCCCCUUAUCAUGCUGCUCCUCACGGCUCACCGUUUUCCUCAACUUACCCAGGUUACCAUGGCUACAGCACAAACCCGCACAUGGCGUUCUCUCACCCCGUCCCUCAGUGUCCUCCAGAGCACGGCCUCAAUAUGGGUUUUGCUCCUCCUGCUCCAGGCUUCCUCUCCGGCAUGGCCUCUACCUUCAACCAGGGUCACAGCCUCUACACAGGGCGCCAUCCUCCCGGUCCUGGACACAGCCAGGGUCCAUCCAGCACAGAGAUGCAGCUGAGGAGAGUUCUGCAUGAUAUCAGAGGGACAGUUCAGAGUCUGACCCAGAACCGAGCCAACACUCCAGACACGUUCAGUGAUCAAACAUCUCUACCCAGCCACCAGUUUUUGACAGAGUUUCAGCAGAAGAGGCGGAGUCUGAACUUGUUCCGCAGUCAGAUGAUGGAUCUGGAGCAGUCAAUCAUGCGACAGCAAGCUCCGGUCUACAAACACCUGAGCCCUUCUGACAGGUUGGAGGUAGAGCAGCUUCAGUCUCUGAGAUCAGCAGUCAGAGAGGAACUGCAGGAGUUGGAACAACAGCUGGAAGACAGACUGACACAACCAAGGGGUCUCCAUAGAGACAACAGCUUUGACAGUCUGUCCACCGCCUCCGCGAUUAGAGCCAUGGAGCCGGUGUCAGAUCUCCUCAGAGAGCAGCUUUACCUCCAAUCAGAGCUCAGCUAUGACGGCCACACCCCCACCACUAAUCCCUCCUCCCGAUCGUCCAGUCCAGGCCAAGGAGGAAGAGACCAGGAGCAGAGCCAAGGUGUGUACCGGGCAUCAAUCAACAUAACCCCUGUCCUUCCUCCUCGACCCAACACAAGAGAAGUGGAGGAAGAGGAGGGACAGAUUGCAGUAGGAGGAGAGGGAGUUGGAGAAGCACCAGAGGAUGGCGGAGCAGGAGCAGUCAGAGUGGAGAACCUGCAGCAGCUCAUCAGAGAGAUUCGAGAGAGUGUGGCGCAGGAGGUCCGACGGGAGAUCUACAGCGAGUUGCUGUCUGCCGUGUCGCCACGGCAAUCGCCCCUCCCCUCCAGACAACACCACCUGUAGCCAUGGCUACAGCAGAACACCACCACGUUGGCCUUCAGCCUUAGUAGCUACAGUCUGAGCAGCACCACUGUCUGUCUGUAACACUGUAUAGCUGAGUAACACUGUCUGUGUGGAACACUAUGUGUCUGUAACACUGUAUGUCUGUAACACUGAUGAUGAACCCACCUCGUUCGUGACCCGACCCGGUUUUUCACACGCUCGCUCGAUGGUGAGAGGUGGAGGACGAAGCCUCAGACAGGAAAAAGAGAGGUAGCUUCCACUGCCUCAGUUGGUUUGACGCAAGUGGCCUGAUGCAUGCUGGGAACCCCAACCUGGACCAGCCUGUUCACACAGCGUCCUCCAGCAUACAUUUCCCUGUGAGCCAUCAUUAAUUUGUUUUUUUAUUUUGCCCACCACCCUGUUUACUUUUUAUAUCCUGAUAUGAUCAAAUGCCAGGUUUAAAACUACUACCACUAAAAGUAUAACUACAACUGCGAGUACUGCUAAGGUACUGCAACCAUCUCCACCACCACUAACCUGCGUCCUGAUUGAGGUCAUCAUCACAGUCGGAGAUUGGAUCAGGAUAUUAACAGAAUUUAUGUUGUGAUAUUUCUGUUUUCCUACUAAAUACAGCUAGAAGCAAGUAGUAACAAGUAUGUAAAUAUGUUGCACAAAGGAAAUCACCCUCCCUGAGAAAUACUUUAAAUGCAAGAACCGUCUUUAAAUCUGCCUUCAAGUAAGAGAGAUAUUUCUUUUUAAAGAGUCUGCUGAGGUUUAAACUCUUUUAUACCCUAAAGUUACUCAUUCCAUGCACAUUUCAGCUUAUAAAGGGUUUAAGAGGGAUUUAAGGUAUAUCACUCAAAGAUUAUGAUUCUACAGCUGUCAACAUUUUCUCAUCAUCAUCCCCACCCUCAUCAUCAUCAACGUCAUUGUCAACAGUGCUUCUCUUCCUCUUGCCUCCUUCACAGCUGAUUCUGUUCAUUUCCAUGGUGUCCCUGGCAGGUUGGAUCAUAGAAUUCAAAACAUCUUUGUCAUGGUAACUUUUUCAACAUUUUAAAUUGAGUUUAGGUUUUUGAAACUAAAAGUCCUGAUGCAGACUGCGUUUGAUUUGUUGGAGCGUGGGUGAUUCUGUCUUGAUGGAGCUAGGCUAGGAGUUUCCCCCCACUUCCAGUCUUUGUGCUUAGCUAAGCUAAGCAAGUCCUGAACUCGACGAGAUUUCUGUCUGUUCCGUGAACUCUCAUUGGCUGUUGAUGAGCAGGUUAUGAGGUUAGUGUGUGAGGUCCUGUGGAGGAUAGGGUCGGAGGUCAAAGGUUGCUCUAUGGUAGCAGCAGGUUUUGGUAAGUUGGCAUGGUGACAGUGGUGGUGAUGAUGAUGAUGUACUGACAGGUUAGAGGGAGGGGCUUAGUGAGCGGGCAGUGUAGCCGAAACCUUAGCGGUGCUAGCAUUUUAGCUUCAGGCUUCUGAUGACAAAUCUGUGCAAUAAUAUGAACAUACACUAUAAUCUGAUUCCUUAGAUUAUUGUGAAUAAAUGACCAAGAAUUCACUGCGAACAUUUCAGAUGUGAUCAGACUUCCGCACCACUUCAGCACAAACUGUCUACCUGCACCUUUAACAAAAGUUAAUCUUAAUCUUGACGGUUUGUAUCGGGAGAAACUGAUUUUCUGUCUCUUCACACAGAAUCCACAGAACUGAUUGAUCACUGAUUAAUUGAUAACCACUCACUGAACAUCUGUUUUCUGUGUAUUGUCUUUGUGUUUACUCAAAGGUUAAUUAUUAUCAGUUACCGAAGGUCGAAAAAAUCUUCAUAGCUGAGGUGAAACAAGCUCUCAGCACCUUCCAUAGCUGAGCGGGAUCGGCUGUAAGACAAGUAAAUCAGGGCAAACACACCCCAUGUACCUUUUUUUAAAUCUUUGUAAUAGUUGCGAAAAAUUCCACACAGAGUCACAUUAGAUGUUUUGAUAUGAUCUACUGAAAGCUGAACUUUGUGUACUUUGACGUCCGUUCUUGAUCUUUGGGAGCAAUAGAAAGAGAAUCGGACUCAAAGGUUGACCUACCAACAAAAUGGAGUCUUUAUUUAGCAGGUGGUGUGGGUGUCACCGCCUAAUUGUGAACUUUCAAUCAUGUGAACUCUCCAGAUCGUUAUUAACUGGACCUUUGAUCAUCGAUUCUCUUGAUCGUUGAUUGACCUUGUGUUUGUAGAAAACCUUUUAUUUCUCUGAUCACAAACUGCUCUGCUGGACAAACAAACACUCACUGUGAGCUCUUCAUGCUUUUUACUUCUCUGUCUUUUUUCCACUGAUAAAUCAUCACACACGUCUAAUUACACUUUACUAUCUGACUGUUGGUGUUGAUUACUUUCCAUUGAUGCCUCUUUCUAUUGAUGUCUAUUAAUAAUAAUGUGUAUUUUGUACUGAUGUCUUGUCUGUGGGAUGCAGGGAGGGAUCACUCUGUAGAGAUCAGAAUAAUAAAGAUGUAUUUAUUUUCAGUA